UGCCUUAGAUAAAAAUUAUAAAGUUAAUGCAACAAUGUUAUUGCAAAAAUGCAAGGAGAGAUUCACAUCUGUGCUUUCGCACGGGCACUAGUAGAAUGCAUCAGCGAAAGUUGCUCGGUUACGAGCGAAAUUUUUCUGCACAUCUCAUAAGGCAUCGUAAAUCUAACGGGAUGCAUCCAGAUGUUAUCACGACAACAAGAGGAACACGAUUAACGAAGAGGAAGCACAGAAUCGCUCCAAGAGACAUUGAACCGACUGAUAAAAAUACAGAUUCGGAAGCAUGGGACAAUUGGAGUAAUUAGAGCACAUGCAGCGUGACUUGUGGACAAGGACGACAAGUUCGUUGGCGUCAUUGUUUGUCCGAAAAUUGCAUCAAAGGUCUCAAGAAAGCGCAACUGAAAGGUUGUCGUCUUAAGGAUUGCGAUACCAAAGGAUUUCUCGGUUGGCUCGGAAUAAAAUCUUGAUCUGUGUAAAUU